AUGGCGGACAAGGAAUAUUCAGAAGAAGAAAGAGGAGAGCGGAUUAAAGCAGUAAUUGAAAAUAUUCGUACUCGUAGUAAAAAGCUGAAGAAGAAAGCUCUGGUGCCUGCUACUAAAAAAGUCAGUGAGCCAAAAGAAAAGGAAAAAAUGGAUGCUGCAGGACAGGAAAAGAGAAAACAGAAACCUAGCGGCCGUCAUACUAUGUACAAGCUACAUAUCGGAUGGCGCCAUUACUGUCAAGGUGACUUUAGACAAAUUACAUCAAGACGAGGUGGGGGCAUUCGGAAGAUGGAAUAUAAUAUAACGGAGCCUCAGUCAGUGGAAUCAAUAAUUGAAGUCGGCAAACGUUUAUUUUUUCCGAAUGGAAGAAAUUCUUUUGGAAAUUUAAAUGAUAUGGAAGUGAAUUUAACUAAUUACAGCGGUGAGAAAAUUGAACGCUUCUGCAAUAUAGAUGAACAACCGUGUACAUUUCAAGAAUUUUUGAAGUCAACAGGAAGGUACUCGUCUCAAUUCCAUGUUUAUCUUUCGACGAAAAGCAUUACCUAUGAUAAAAUAAAGCCACUGGAAGAAACAAGUGAAACGAGUUAUCUUGCCAACAGGAAGACAAUACAAGGACUGCAUGUACAGUAUACUAAGAAUGAAACAUCAGAAUAUUCAGGAGACACCUCAAUUAUCACAUGUCAUAGCACAAAACAAUGCAGGGAAUUAUCAGGUAUUCCUGAUGACAUAGACGAUUACGACCCUCUUGAAGAUGGUUAUAAUGUAACGUAUCUGGCUGUAAAUGAUAAGGUUUACAUGGAGCGAACUUCGUCUGGCCUCAGUUUUCCACAAGACGUCGCUGGACAAGACAGUGCAUAUAUAUUUCAUGGACCUAAUGAGAUAUGUGGAAUGAAUGAAGGCAAAGUUGUUUUAGGCGUAGUAACAAACUGUUCUGAAAACGUUAAUUACACAUGGUAUAAGGAUCAAAGCAUAUAUGCAGCAGGGAUUAAUCUCAUGUUGAUACAUACAAAUGACACUGGUGUCUAUAAUGUAAAAUGCCAAGUAGGCGAAACGUUGUACACCUUUGAAGAGAGUGUUGAAAUAGCUUUGCCCGCAACUACAGAUAGAUAUGACAUGGAUAUGCGAAUCGACAGCGAGGUUACUGAAAAUCUGAACACCACACACUUUGGCAUAACUGCUGAUUUGAAAGAUUGCGUUUCUAAUACAGCAGCUACAGAUUCUAGCCUAGACAUGGUUACACAAACGUUUAUUGAAACAAGUGAUUUGGGUGAAAAUGAUGGUAAAGGUACACACAGUUUAACAACAACAACUUUUAUCUGUGACAAAGACGGCACAUGUGCAAAUGCUGUAUCAGCAGCUUGUGAAACAAGUGUAUUCUGUGAAAAAGACGGCAUAGGUGCAAACGCUGUUUCAACAUUUCUUGAAACAAGUGUAAUCCAUGAAAGAGAUGCCACAGGUGCAAACGUUGUUCUUACAUUUCCUGAAACAAGUGUAAUCCAUGAAAAAGAUGGCACAGGGGCAACUGCUAUUCCAACAAUUCCUGAAACAAUUCCUGAAACAAGUGCAAUUUACAGAAACAAGUUUUUUGGGUGA